GCAGAAAUGAUACAGUUCAUAUUUUGUUGUCACAGAAUAACUACCCUUGAACAGGAGCUUUCUACUUGAUUAGUAGACGAAAUAUAAUGGCAUUCAAAUUUGUUCUUCUGAUCAGCCUGAUUGCGGCUGCCUGUGCCUUACCACAGCAUGGAUACGCUACCUCUCAUCAGUCAUCCAGUAUUCAGCAUCAUGCGCCAUCCUAUCAUCACGUUGCUCCAGUUCAUCAUGUGACUGCAAUUCAUGCUGCCCCAGUUCAUCAUACCAUCGUUAAGGAAGUUGAGCACCAUGCCCCGGCCCAUUACGAAUUCUCGUACUCUGUCCAUGAUGAGCACACUGGAGACAUCAAGAGCCAGCACGAAUCCCGUAACGGGGAUGAGGUUCAUGGACAGUACACCAUUUUGGAUGCUGAUGGUCAUCACCGUAUCGUUGACUACCAUGCUGAUCAUCACUCUGGUUUCAACGCUGUUGUCCGCCGUGAGCCAACCAACAUUAAGAUCGCUCAACCAGUGCAUAAGGUUAUUGCCCAACCAAUCCACAAGGUAAUCGCUCAGCCAGUGCAUUUAGCUACCCAUUCAGUGGCACCAGCAGUGUCGCACUCUACCAUUUCGCAUCAUGUUGCCCCAAUCGCUCUGCACGGACAUCAUGCCAUCAGUCAUCACCAUUACUAAAUUAAUGUGCUCUACAAACGUACGGGACCUGAGUGUAGAAUUUGCCAUGUAUGCAAAAUAUAGCUAGUUUUAAAUAAAGUUAA